AUGUCUAUAUACAUAUUACGUAUUACACGUUUUUUUUUGUCUAUUCUGUGCCUUUCUACUUCUCAUCGCUCUUUCACUCUCUUACAUGUAUGUAUGUAUAUGUAUAGUCUCUCUCUUUCUCUCUUUGUGUGCGUGUGUGUUGUUUUCACAGUUGGAGAGAAAGCAGCGGAGUCGAAGGGGCGCGGCACCACCAUUUUUGUGAAGAAGUACUCUGGAGAUAAGCAGGGCGUUUUGGAUACCAGGGACCUUAUCCCGUCUGCACAAAUAAUGGAAAACUACACCGUGAUUGGAAAGAUUGGUGGUGGUGCCGAGGGCAUUGUGUUCCGCGUAAGGCAUGAGCCAACGAAGAAGGAAUUUGCCAUGAAAGUGAUUCGUUGCCCCGAUCACUCUAGAGUGAAUUCAGCUCUGAAGGAAAUCAAAGUUUUGUUGCAUCUUCGUCAUCGACACGUUGUUUCAUAUGUAGAUUUUUUCCUUUUAUUUCACAACGACACGAUACGACAUGAAUUUGUUGCGGAUUAUAAAAAUGAGGCGCAACUCUCCGAGUCCACACGAAGCCUUGGAUUCUGCAGCACCGGUUGUCUGGGAAGCAACGGCAGCCCAGUUGUUAGAAAUGAAGUUCUCUCAGACGUGUUUUGUUUCCAUCCGUCUGAAGUUUGCGUCUGUCUUGUGAUGGCGUUGUGUACAUCUGGCGACAUGCAGGACACCAUAGAGGAUGCGAGGCGACGUCUUAUGGACGUAGGCUCCCAUCCUAUCCCAGAGGCACAGAUUCUCUCAUGGAUGGAGCAAUGCGCCUCCGCUCUUGCCUUUAUUCAUGAGCAGGGCUUCCUGCACCGUGACUUAAAACCCACAAAUGUUUUCUUUGAUGAUGACAAGGAAAUCAAAAUUGGGGAUUUUGGUCUUGCAGCGACCGUUGGUCUUGGUCGUCAAAGCAUCGUGGGAACGCCCUU